GAAUGAUCUUUGUUUGUUCACUGAAAUGACAUCAAUAAUAAGAAGAAAUCAAUCCUUAAAAACAAUCUUCAGAAACCCAAAAGAUCCAUUUUUUACCCCAAUUUACAAAACCCCAUACAGGGUAUUGAACCAAAAACCCUUUUCGACCCAUUCUUCUAAAUUCCCAGAAUAUGAAAUGCCAACAGUAACAUGGGGUGUAGUCCAAGGGCGUAAGGAGAAGUUGGUGUCACGUGUAAUAAUCUCUGAUUAUUUGAAAACUAUAGGAAUAAUCCCUCAUGAAUUAGAGGAGUUGGAAUUACCUUCCACUGUUGAAGUUAUGCGGGAACGUGUUGAGUUUUUGCAGAAAAUUGGUCUCACAGUUGAUGAUAUGAAUGAAUAUCCUUUAAUGCUUGGUUGUAGUGUGAGGAAAAACAUAAUUCCUGUUUUAACAUACUUGGAGAAAAUUGGGCUUCAAAGGUCUAAGCUUGGUGAGUUUAUUAAGAUUUAUCCUCAAUGUUUACAUACUAGUGUCGUUGUGGAGCUUGUUCCGGUUAUUAAAUUUUUACGAGGUCUUGAUGUUGAGAAACAAGAUAUUGGGUAUGUUUUGAUGAAAUAUCCUGAGUUGUUAGGGUUUAAACUUGAGGGAACAAUGAGUACUUCAGUUGCUUACUUGGUUAGUAUAGGGGUUAAUCCGAGGGAUGUAGGGCCGAUGGUAACACAAUAUCCAUAUUUUCUUGGGAUGAGAGUUGGGACGACGAUUAAACCACUUGUGGAUUAUUUGGUUUCAUUGGGUUUGCCGAAGAAAAUAUUGGCGAGAAUGUUGGAGAAGCGAGCAUAUUUACUUGGUUAUGAUCUUGAAGAGACGGUGAAACCAAAUGUAAAUUGCUUACUGAGUUUUGGACUUAGGAAGGACACUUUGCCUUCUGUUAUUGCACAAUUUCCACAAAUUCUAGGUUUACCUUUGAAAGCUAAGCUGUCGUCGCAACAAUAUUUCUUUAACUUAAAGCUUAAGAUUGAUCCUGAUGGUUUUGCUCGAGUCAUUGAGAAGAUGCCACAAAUUGUCAGUCUACAUCAACAUGUGAUAAUGAAACCAGUCGAGUUCCUUGUUGGACGGGGAUUUUCAACAGCUGAUGUGGCAAAGAUGAUUGUAAAAUGUCCUCAGUUAGUUGCUUUGCAAGUUGGCAUCAUGAAAAAUAGUUAUUACUUUUUCAAGAGCGAUAUGGGUCGACCAAUGGAAGAGCUUUUGGACUUUCCAGACUACUUCACGUAUAGCUUGGAAUCAAGAAUCAAACCCAGGUACCAGAGGUUGCAGAACAAGGAAAUCAGAUGUUCUUUGGGUUGGUUUCUCAAUUGUAGUGACCAAAGAUUUGAAGAGAGAUUGUAUGGUGAUUAUAUAGAGCCUGAAAGUUCUGGUCCGUCAUUUUGUUUGGGUGGGAAGUUAGAGCUACCAGGCAAUGAGAUUGUAUCAGAAGAGGAAGAUGACAGUGAAGAUGAAACACUAUAUAGACGCACUGUCUCUUUGUAGUGUACUUUGUAACAUUCGUGAAUUGGGUAUAAAUGGUAAUAUCUUUCAAUAUUAGUUGAAUUCUUUUGCUGCUUUCUGCCUUUUUCUUCCAUUACGAUCAACGUGUUUUUUUGUAGUUUGACAACAUUUAUAACAGUC